UUCAUUUAUUUUAACGGAAGAAGACGGACAAACAGAAAAGAUUUCCUCAAAGCCUGAAAUCAUCAAAUGUCAACAAGCUUCUUGAACUCAGAGCUUUUUCUUUCUGGAACAACAAUACAACAACUCCUCCUGGACGAUUCGCGGUUAUUUUGGAUUGCAACGAAAUGUGAAAUCCGUAAAUUAUAUAUUGUAAACGCUGGAUGUCAGAGGUCUGAGCUAAAGGACAUUUCUGCUGGUAAUGUUUAAGCAUUAUGAAGCGUCAUAAAAACAAAUAAAACAAAUAUACCCAAAAGCAACACAUAUAUCGCUCUAUUUAGUUAUCAUUAGUUUCUUUGCCGUUAAAGUGUAAGCGUGUAUUCUAGAGGACGAAAAGCUCUACAAGUUGUUUUAAUAUUGCGUCAGAUUUACACAACUCUAGCAGAUAUUAACGUUGUUUCCCGCCGUCGUUUGUUCAGAGCUGUUUAAUUGUUAAAUUGCAGGAUCUAGCGCUCGUUCUAAAACUAAGAAAAGUUCUACAAGGUCUUGACAUUUUGAUCUAGACUAACGUUGGGUUAUUAAGUUGUCGCUUUCGUUUGUUGAGUUUGUUCUAAAGCGAAUAAAGAAGUUCUGGAAAUACUUCUACAUUUCCACCGGGGUAAGGCGGGUUGAAGAUGUUUUCUGGAGCCGUAGAAAUGGAUUCAGAAAAGGGUUCUGGCAACAAAUCCAGGUCCAGAUCCCCCUCCACACCCAGCCUUGUUUUCUUGCUGCUUCUCGCCUCGUGUUUGACGGCCAUCGCCCCCGUUGGAUCCCAAAGAACCGUCUCAUCGGACAUGUCAAACCUUCAUAGCACCGACCCGCCUCAACGGGAACCAAAUCUGCUCCAAGAAACCGCCAUCAAACCCCCGACCCUGCUGGAGAAAUCCAAACCAAAACACAACAAGCUGAAACACAACAAACACGAACGAAAGCAGUCCCUGAACGCCUCGUUGUUGUUGAAAAGACGCCCUCUGUCGCCCCCUAGCUGCCUAAAAGUCACCUCCAUAAACACCGCCUUCAAAUACAUCAACACCGUGUUGUCCUGCCUUAUUUUCGCCGUGGGGAUCAUCGGGAACGCCACCCUGCUGAGGAUCAUCUACCAAAAUAAAAGCAUGAGGAACGGCCCCAACGCGCUGAUAGCCAGUCUGGCUUUAGGAGACCUGAUCUACAUCGCCAUCGACAUACCAAUCAACGUGUACAAGCUGCUGGCGAUGACCUGGCCGUUUGCAGACAGUGUGUUCGGGCUGUUUCUCUGCAAGCUGUUUCCCUUCCUGCAGAAAACCUCCGUCGGCAUCACCGUGCUCAACCUGUGUGCUCUGAGUGUGGACAGCAUGCUGCCUCUGAACCAUGGAACCAGUCUGCAGUACAAACACACCGACCACUGA